AUGGAGGAUAAUUACAAGUCUGUGAUUCAACCCCAGAGAAGAUUGAACCAGAAUAUGAAGGAAGUUAUUAAGGUAGAGGUGGUAAACCUGUUGGACGCAAGAAUUAUAUACCCCAUCUCCGAUAGUGCUUGGGUGAGCCUAACUCAGGUAGUCCUGAAGAAAGGAGGAAUGACAGUGGUAAGAAAUGAAAGGAAUGAAUUAAUUCCCACCAGGACGGUUACAGGUUGGCUUCUCUGCAUUGAUUACAGAAGGUUGAAUGAUGCAACUCAAAAGAAUCAUUUUUCGUUGCUGUUUAUUGAUCAGAUGUUGGAGCGACUUGCUGGGCAUCAGUUUUAUUGCUUCCUUGAUUGUAUGUCAGGAUAUUUUUAG